CAGUAGGAAUGGUUGGCUAAUACAUCGAAGUGGUUAGUAGCUAUUCGGAUUUUCUUCAAUGAUGAUAUUAACGUUAUUAAAAUAGCAUUAAUUGCUUAAAAAAUUAUACGAACACUUAUACAUUACAUAUUAUAGAAAAUUUUAUUAAAGCAAAAUGAAUAUUUUAACAAUAAUAGUGUGUGGUAUUAUCAAUUUAAAAAUUUGUCGCGGCAACUUACUACAAUUGAAUGAAGGUGAGGUGUGUACAAAUUUUGAAAAUAAUAUUCCAAAUUAUAUUUGCCGUCGUCACCAAGAUUGUAUUGCCGCUCAAAAUAUUCAUCAACGGAAAAAUAUUCGCCUUUGUUCAUUUGUUGGUUUGGAACCAAUUGUAUGUUGUCCUGGAAAUAACAAAAUUAGAAAUUCUAGUACCUCAGAACCUUUAAAAACUAAAAUAUCAUAUACAGCCUCUGAAAUGUGUCAUCAAUACUCAGCAUAUUAUAGAAAAUAUAAUAAGAAGUCAAUAAUAACUGAAGAACUCGUAAAGAAUGAAGGUGACAAAGUAGAUAUCGUUGGUGGAACUAAAACAAAACCAAAAGAAUUUCCACACAUGGCUAUGAUUGGGUAUGGUGAUUCAAUCAGCAAUGUUCAUUGGGAUUGUGGUGGAUCUCUAAUUAGUAAAGAAUGGGUUUUAACAGCAGCCCAUUGUGAACGUUCGGUGACAUUUGGUAUUUCACGAUGGGUUCGUCUUGGUGAACUUAAUUAUGCAGAUGAAACCGAUGAUGCAAAACCUGAAGAUUAUGAUAUUAUUCUUCGUGUAUCACACCCAGACUACCGGCAAACUGUAUCUCGAUAUAAUGAUAUAGCUUUAUAUAAACUAGCAAAGGAAGUUAUUUUUUCGGAAUAUAUAUUACCAAUUUGUUUAAAUGCAGACCCUUCUUUAGUGACAAACGAGUUAAUAGCUACUGGUUGGGGACAAAUUGAAGAUGCUGGUCCAGCAAGUGAUGACUUAUUAAAAGUGACUUUAAAUUUCACACCAGUUAACCAAUGUAAUAAAACUUACUCCAAAAAUUUAAAAAAUAUGAAAUUGCCAAACGGCAUUCUUGAAAUGAGUCAAAUAUGCGCAGGUUCUGAUGAAGAUGGAAAAGAUACAUGCAGAGGAGAUUCUGGUGGACCACUUCAAGUUAAAAAUCCAAUUUAUGAGUAUGGGAUGUUUUUGCAAGUCGGAAUAACUUCUUUUGGUCAAAACUGUGGUUUCAAAGAUUCACCUGGGGUUUAUACUAAGGUAUCAUACUACACAACUUGGAUAGAAAAAGUAAUUUGGUCAAUGUAAUAAAAAAUUCAAAUUAUGUUGUUGCAAUGUAAAAAAGUCAUUUUCAAUUAAUUUGAAAAAAUUUCGAAAACCAAAAAAACUGCAUAUAUAUGAAGAUAGUAUCAAAAAGCAGCCAAUUUCUGAAGAAAAUUUUUAUUAUUUAAAUGAGAUAUAGUUCUCUUAGCUAAAAUUGUUUUAUCCAAGCUAAAACCCAAGUUCUUAUUAUAAUACAUAAAACAUGUACAAUAUAAGUGUAUUUAACUAUUGAAGACUACCUUCGAAAAUACUUUCUUAUUACAAUAAACAUAAUGUUUAUCAUGAAUCAAAAAAAUAAAUAAAACUAUAUUUUGUACAUUUUUAUGAACUACAAUAAAUAUCAAGUUUCUUUCAAAAUAAAUUGUUUCUAAGGAUAGAUUUUAGGGAUAACUUUCUAAAGAUAGAUGAAACUUAAAAUGUUAAAUGAUCAACUAUACUAAAAUAAUACUCACAAAAGUUUUAAUAAAUUAAUACUUUUUUUUUAUUUCAAAAAUUUGAAUUCUUUUCACUAUGUGAAUGACUCAUUAAAGUGUAAAAUUAUUAUUGUAAAAUAUGCUUUUAAAUAAUAAUUUAGAACGUAAAAGAUAUUUUUUUUUAUUGUCACAUCUUUCUUGAAUAUUAUGAAUUAUAAAUUUUGAAAAAUAUUUUAUUAUUAUUGAGGAGUAUUCAGAAAUAAUUUAAUGUUUUUUACCAAUAAAAAUGUUAUAGAAUUUUUUUUCUAAAAAUCAAAAUGAUGAUAAAAAAAAAGGUUAUUAUUGCCAUAUUUCUUAAAAGU